CUGCUGGGUAACUUUUGUUGCAAUAUGGGUGUGACUUUUGAUGGAGCUUUCCCCUCCCAGUUAUGUCAUUACUUCAGUUCCUUUGAAUCAGAAUAAAAAGUGCAGCAAACUUCAGACUCAUUGACUGCAGGCUUAACAAGCGUCGGGGCUGUUCUUCUUGCUGCAGCUUCCAAGGAUCUCUGGAUUUUGCAAAACAGCUCCAAGAAAACAAUGGCCAGCUUCUCCUUAUGGACAGUUUUUGGAUUAUGUUUGCUGAAGCUCUGUCUAGCAGAAACAGAAUUCAAUGUAAGUUGCAGAUAUGGAGGAGUUUUUCAUGUUGAAAAAAAUGGUCGCUACAGUCUCACACGAUCUGAAGCAGUUGAACUCUGCAGAGCUCUCAACAGUACCUUGGCAACACUAGAGCAGCUGAAGAAAGCUCAUGAGCUUGGAUUUGAAACUUGCAGGUAUGGUUUUGUGGUGGGGUAUGUUGUUAUCCCACGGAUCAAUCCCUAUCAUCUUUGUGCAGCAAAUAACACUGGCAUUUACAAACUUUCAGCAAAUGCAACUGCUCGGUAUGAUGCAUACUGUUACAAUGCAACAGAAACAGAGGAAAAAACAUGUGAGCCAGUUGUAAAAAUAGAUACUUCCUUACUCAGCAACCAGGAUGAAAUAGUCAUUGACAACGCGGAUGGCUCCAGCUUCAACGCGGAUGGCACACGUCACACCGCUGGAGAGUCCUCCACCUCAGGGGUGGAUGAUGAAAAUGCAGGUAGUGGAUCAACUCAUGAGACAACUGCCAUGGAUGCCUCCAUCAGCAGGUCCAGCCCCUCGUAUUAUGGAAGUCCUACUCCAGUCUCACAGCUCCCAGGUCACUCUUCUGGAGGAGGUGAAAAGGAAUUUCCUGGAAUCUAUGGUGAUGAAUUUCCAUCUGUAUCACCUGAUACCUCUUUUGGGACAACGGCAGGUGAUUUCCAUGACAAAGAUGACGAGCAGUAUCCUGCAAGUACUAGCUCUACCUCUAAUGUGUAUGAUAACCAAGGACCACACAAGGGACAUGAUGAAUCCACGACUUCCCCUGGAGGGACUGCCACAACAAAAACAGAUUCAGAAACAAGGUCGGCCCGUGUACCAGACUGGCUGAUCAUUGUUGUUGCUCUGGUGGUGCUUGCAUUGAUCCUGGCAGUGUGCAUUGCUGUCAACAGUCGCAGAAGAUGUGGGCAGAAGAAAAAGCUAGUGAUUAACAAUGGCAAAGGGGCAGUGGAGGACAGGAAGACAAGUGAAUUAAAUGGAGAUAUCAGCAAAUCACAAGAAAUGGUGCACUUGGUUCAUAAAGAACAGUCAAAUGACCGAACACAAGCAUGCGAUGAAUUCCUGACUGUUAAUGAAACACAAAAUCAUCACGAGUUUGACAUGAAGACUGGAGUGUAAUGGUACCACACUGCCAAGCAGAUCAGGGCUGGGGAAGCCAAAAUCAUGUGGAACUUGAACAGGAAUUCACAGAUGCACUGUGCUACUGAUGUCUUUUGAAGAUAAGCAUAAGUUCUGUUUCUUUUUAAUCACUUUGCAAUGACGCCUGAGUUUAAAAAUUGACAUGUGCUUUCUGAAAUACACCCCCAAGAGUUGCAUAAUGCUUUCAGUUCCCAGUCCCUUCACAGAGGACUCUCACUGUGUCCUGGAUGUUAGGAGGCAUACGAGUUUACAUCAUUAUUCCCCAGAUGGAAGGUCUUCACUGUGUGAAGCUAAAGAAGUAUCCAGUCACUCCAUCUUACAGAUAUUUAAAGUAUAAAAGAUGCCAUGAUAGAGAAAUAAGUGAGGAAAAAUGUCAAGAGUAAAAAAAUCAAGUUUAAACCCAAAAGGCAUCUUCUACAAUGUCUGCAACAGCAGAAUCCUUACGAAAUGCCGUCCAGCCAGGAAUGGCUGUGGGUACAUUCAGAAUCUGCCAGUAUAAACAAAAUGUGACAUUUUAUAAUUAUGUGUGGCUUGGUCUGCAACGAAGGAAACCCAGAAGGACAAAAUUUAUUUAUCUCUAUUUUUAAAUAUCUAUGGACAUACAGCAGGUCUUCUCAGGAGGGGUAAUAAAGGCAUGAAAACAUGAGCUGAAAUAUAAUAAACUUCUUUAUUAUCCUAGCAACCUGUACAAUUAUCCUUCAGUUUUUGAGGUGUUCACUGCUCUUCUCCCCACCUCAUUCAUUGGUCCAAGUUUGUGCAUGUUUUUAAUGAGCCUGUUAGUUAAGAUAAUGAAUAAAACAAAAUGACCCCAGCUCUAUCACAUAUGCACAAAUCAAGCAAUUGAGGUCACUAGGGAAGCUGACAGUAUUUUAUUCCUGAAAAUAGGUCUCUGUAUUCUGCUCCAUUUUGGUAAGGAGAUGCUGAGCCUAUUAAUUUUUUUCCUCUAUAACUAUUACAUUACGCAAGAUUGCUGAUAUUUUAAAAGCUGCUUUUCUAUGAUCUCGCUCAUUUCCUCUGAAUUCUAUUUCAUCUACCUUUUUCCCAUCAGCUUUUUGAAAACACCAAAAAGAAACAUUGUUUGCUUUUUGGUACCAGAAGUUCAAUUUCUACAGAAAAGAUCAAAGCAAAGGAAAGGAAACUCUUCCCAGCCGUGUAAUAUAGUAGAGUAGCUGAGCUGCAUUGUUACAUGCUUUUGUUAUGUCCUUUUGUGUCUGUAAAGUAUUUGUAUUAAGCUAUGAUGCUGUGCAUUAUAUUGAUAAGAAUUGUCAGGAAAACAAUUAUUUACUACCAGUGGUCUGUGCCAUUUUUAAGAAAGCUUACUGGAACGGAGGGAGAAUUGUAACUUCCAAUUGGACUCCCCCCAGGAAAUGCAGGGAGAAAUGCUGGUCUGUGCCAGCUGUGGGAUGUGGAUGGUCUGUAGCAGGGCUGUUCAGGAGUUCUGUUCACUGGCCAUAGCCCCUGUCUUUGAAACUGUUCUGCUAAAGUGUGUUAUAUUAUGUUCUCCACCUGAAGCAGUUUGGAGGGUGAAUAUUCAGCUGGCUAAAUACUGACUUCAGCUAGCACUGGUCUUUACUGGAACAUAAAGCACAAGACUGUUGAUUAUAUUUCUGAGUCACAGCCCUCCAGCAGUUUCCCAUGUGCUUCAUGGAAAUGCUCAAGUGCCCUGGUAUCUGCUGGCAGAUCUGCUCCGGGCAAUUUACACCUGGGCAAAAAGUCCCAAGAGAAAGUGAUGUUUUAAAAUACACAUAAGAGGUUUUUUGGCUUUAUGCAGGACAGAUAUUUCAUCUGUGAACAAUGCAUUGAUUCUUGUUUAAUGUUUUUAAGCACACUUUUCUAUUUGUCAUUAGAAAUCAAAGUGAUCUGCUGAAGGCUGUGUUUAAACUGCUGUUAGGUACUUAUUCCACUAAGUAUGGAGAUCCAGAGUAAGAAUUAAAAAUCUUUAAAUCCUAACUGGGUACAGGUCUCAGUGAGAAGGACAUAUUUCACUGUCUUGGAGGCUUAACUUCUCUUAAAAAAACCAAAAAGUCUGUGGCAUGUUAUUCAUCUCCCUGUUCAGACAUUAAAUGAAGAAAUCCACAAACUUCUUGGUAAUUUAUCUUAUUGUCAGUAGCUAUAAAAGCACAGGCAACACUGGUUGGGUUCUUUGUAUAUUUUUAAAGGAGAGAUGCUCAAGAGGCAAUGCCAUUAUUUUAUAUAUGCUGAUUCUUUUUAGGUUAUGUCCUGUGACUUAUGUGUAAUUGUUUCAUUAUAGUUUCGAAACUAGACAGCCAUUUCAUAUGUAUAAAACAGUACAUAUUUUUAUUAAUCUUGCUUUUAUUAUGAGGAGUUGUUUGUUGUGUGUAUGUAUUUUUAUAUAGAGCACUUGAUAUAUUUGCAUAUUUAUUUAACAGAUUAAUCAGAAUUAAAGAAAAUGCCAUCUCUAAAUUGUAACUAGAAAUAGUAUUGCUGAAAACACAUCGGACUUUAAAAUAAGCUUCCAAAAUAAACCAGAUUCCACGCUGAGGAUGAAAUGUAAGUCCAGCUGUUAGUGGGAGAGAAGCCUUCAGCUGGAUAGUCAUGUUGAGUGCUGUCACCAUUUUUUCUGCUUGCAAAUUCCAAGCCGGGCUGAGGUGAAUGCUGUGUGACCUUGUCUGCUCUGCUGGCCUCCCCCAGGCUCCACGGGGGCUCUGGGGGUUAGUGAUGAGCUCAGCUUUAGCCCAGAAGCAGAAAACAGCUACAACACUUGGUUCAGCUAAAGAUCAACCCAGUAAGAUCUUGGCGACCGUGCCUGGCUCGCUGAACCAACACUUGAAGAGUGCAGCACCCAGCAAGAUCCAGACAGACAAAUCAGCUGUGACUGACAGAUCUCUGUGUCUUGGUCUGUUCCUGCUUGGUGCCCAAGAAGAAUGAGGAUCUCCCCUAAAAAUGCUAAGGAGCCUGCGAUCAGCUUCUGUUAUUCCUUUGUCUUGAAAAGUUUCACGUAAAUGUGAUCCAGACCAGUGAAAUGCUGUCUAAAGCAGCAAGCAUAUUUAAGAGAGUCUCUGUAUGUUUUAUGGGAAUGUAAUGUUUUCAUGAAGCAAUGCAGGCUGAUUGUUUCAUCUGUAUUUUCUUGAAGUUCUGAAAAGGAAUAUUUGAUUAAAGCAGAGAAAGGAUGUGCA